GAAAGAGGAAACAAUAAGUAGAGAAUUCUUUCCUAGAAGAAAGAAGAAAUCCUAUUUCCUAAGGUGAAGGAAUCUACAAGUCUAUAGACCCCACCAUGCUUUACCAGAUACAGGCAGAGCUGCAGAUCACUGGCACAGUGAAACAGGGCAGCCUGAAUAUGCUCAGCCCCACAGUACAGAAUUAUAUCCUCACUAAUGCCAAGAUCUGCCAGCCAGACUAUAUCCAUAUCUGUGAUGGCUCCGAGGAGGAGAAUAAGAAGCUUCUCCAACUGAUUGAGGAAACUGGCAUGAUCACCAGACUGCAUAAGUACAAGAACUGCUGGUUGGCACGGACAGAUCCACAGGAUGUGGCGAGGAUUGAAAGUAAGACAGUGAUUGUCACUCAGGAACAGAGAGACACCGUACCCCUGGCUAAAAGUGGGCAGAGCCAGUUGGGGCGCUGGAUGUCAGAGGAGGACUUUAAAAAAGCCUUUAAAUCCAGAUUCCCUGGUUGUAUGAAAGGUCGCACAAUGUACGUCAUCCCAUUUAGCAUGGGGCCAAUCGGGUCCCCGCUGUCCAAGAUUGGGAUUGAGUUGACUGAUUCCCCAUAUGUGGUGGCCAGCAUGAGAAUCAUGACUCGGAUAGGAACGGCUGUCCUGGAGACUCUGGGGGAUGGAGAAUUUGUGAAGUGUCUACAUUCUGUUGGCUGUCCUCUUCCCCUGAAAAAACCUCUAGUAAACAACUGGCCUUGUAAUCCUGAGCUGACUCUCAUCGCCCACAUACCCGAACAGAGAGAGAUUAUUUCCUUUGGAAGUGGUUAUGGAGGAAACUCCCUGCUGGGGAAAAAGUGCUUUGCCCUUAGAAUUGCCAGCCGAAUCGCCAAAGAAGAAGGGUGGCUUGCUGAGCAUAUGCUGAUUUUGGGUAUCACCAAUCCUCAAGGAGAGAAGAAGUAUUUUGCGGCAGCAUUCCCCAGUGCCUGCGGGAAAACAAAUCUUGCUAUGAUGAAGCCUUCAGUUCCAGGCUGGAAGAUUGAAUGUGUCGGAGAUGACAUUGCAUGGAUGAAGUUCGAUGAACAUGGAAACCUAAGGGCCAUCAACCCAGAAAAUGGCUUUUUUGGGGUCGCACCUGGCACAUCUGCAAAGACAAACCCAUAUGCCAUGGAGACCAUUCGAAAUAACACAAUUUUUACCAAUGUGGGAGAAACCAGUGAUGGAGGCAUUUAUUGGGAGGGCAUUAACAAGUGUUUGGAUCCAGGAGUCACCUUGACCUCUUGGAAGAACAAGGAAUGGACCCCAGAGAAUGGGGAACCUUGUGCUCACCCUAACUCCAGGUUCUGCACACCUGCAAGCCAGUGCCCAAUCAUUGACCCUGAGUGGGAGUCCCAGGAAGGUGUACCCAUCGAGGGCUUAAUUUUUGGAGGGCGUAGGCCAGCAGGUGUGCCACUGGUCUAUGAGGCUUUGAGUUGGCAACAUGGUGUUUUUGUUGGAUCUGCAAUGAGGUCUGAAGCAACGGCGGCAGCUGAACAUAAAGGCAAGGUUAUCAUGCAUGAUCCAUUUGCCAUGAGACCUUUCUUUGGUUACAACUUUGGGAAAUACCUUGCUCACUGGCUCAGCAUGGAACACUAUCCAUCCACCAAGCUGCCAAAGAUCUUCCACGUCAACUGGUUCCGUAAAGACAAAGAAGGCAACUUCCUGUGGCCAGGCUAUGGGGAGAACAUUCGCGUCCUCGAGUGGAUGUUCAAAAGGAUCAAUGGAGAAGACUGCGCCAAAGAGACGCCCAUCGGCUUCAUCCCGGCUGAAGGUGCCUUGAAUCUGAAAGGACUUGGUGAUGUCAACAUGGAAGAACUUUUUGAAAUAUCUAAGGAAUUCUGGGAAGAGGAAGUGAAGGACAUUAAAAAAUAUCUAGAUGACCAAGUCAAUGCUGAUCUACCUUAUGAGAUUGAAAGGGAGUUGUCUUCAUUAGUGGAAAGGCUUAAGCAAUUGUGAACAAGAGUGGUAGGAUCUGACUUAGGUCUUAGACUUUCUAAAAUAGAAGUGGGCAGCAUGCCGGCAGCCUUGGCAUAGUGUAUUAUAAUUGGUGAUGGUUGGGUCACUAUUAUAUAAGCUGUGAACAAAUCGUUUUAGAGUAGAAGUUUAGGAUAAAAUUAUUUUGUCUUCCUUACUCAAUCACAGUCCUCUGGGGUGAUUACACUAUGUGGGGAUCAAAUCAGAUUAGUAGGGUAGACCCCUUGUACUGUAUUUUUAGGAACACUGUCUUACUGUAAAGCACUUUCGUGUUGAUGUGUACCUUCUGUUUCCUUUGGUAGGAGAGUUUUUUUAGUGUGAAUGUACAGUGCAAGAGUUUAGGGUUUAGUGUGUGCCUCAUCUAGUGAAAUAAGACUUGUGAGUCAAUGCAAAUCAUCACUGAAACAAUGAAUUCAUACAAAGGGGACACAAUAAAGCUAAAAAUAAAUAUAUGAAUGAGGAAGAGUGUGAAAAACUCUUUGGCUGUGUAAUUCAGAGGAAGCCGAGGAGGAGGAGAAAGGGCAAGUAAUAUACUAGACAAUUAGGAAUUUUUUUUAAAUUAAAUAUACAAAAAUUGUAUAUCAACUUUUUAUAUCCUAUACAUUAUGGUAUAUGUUCUAUUGUACCUGUUUUUGUUCAAUGUGAAAUUUCAAUACAAUUUUUAUAAAAAAAAAAAAA